CGAGAGGGGGCGGGUCUGAGGUUGUUGCUUAGCAACGUAUCGCUUCAGCUACGAGGCGGGAGAAGAGAGAGGAAAGUGGAGGUGAUAGCAGCGGCGGCAGAAUGGACAACAGCCUGGCCAUAUUUUCCUUCCGGGGCAGCUCCUGCAAAGCUACGGCUCCUAAGAGGCGGAGCUAUUAUUACCCGUCCCCUGAACGAGAGCGAGGCCGUGGAAUUAGGGCCCAGGCCGAGGUCCUAAAUCCAUCGCGAGCACAUCAGCGCAGCCCCCCACCCCCUCCUCCAGCCUCCAAGUCCCCAGACUUUAACGAAUCAUGGCCUUCCACAAGCCUCUCAUCCCCCUCUGAAGAACAGACAGAUAAAUCAGGAGACUCUGUGCUUGCCAAGUACAUGGCCCGGUUUCGGCAGGCCCAGCCCACCAGCCGCCAGGAGCGACAGUCGGUGGGCCCCAGCGCAGCCAGCUUCUGGUGGCUGCAGCCCCCCGACCCCUCGGCAGAUGAGGAUGAUGGAGGCGGCGGCCUCAGCCCGGGCCGGACCUCACCGCCAGGGACGGGAUCCUCCUGGACGGAAAUGUGCACAUCAGGGCCUCGCCAGGGCCCCGUUUCUCCACUGGGAGCCUCCGACACCCCAACGUUGGACCUCGAGACCCUGAGUCUCCAGGACAGGGCAGCCCAGCUUCUCCUCCGGAGUGAGAUUGCUUCUAGCAGCAGUGGCAGCCAUGAUGAAGACAUCUCCAUUCCAGUCAGCGCUGAGGGCCUCCCCUCCUCCUCGCCACCUUUCACCUCUGACCCUGGAUCAGGCCCCCACCUCAGAAAACCAUCCCCAUUGACACGGACCCGAAUUUCUCUGCCGUCUGUGAGCCACCCUAAGGAUGACAUCCUCUUCCAGUGGCGCCUCCGGAGGAAGAUGGAAGUGGCCCGGGAGGAAUGCGCACAUGGGCUCCAGGCACAGUCCUGGCUCCCCAGCAGGGCCCUGGUCCCCCAGACUAGGAGCCACGGUCCACCUAAGACUCGCCAGAUGUAUGUCCCAGGACCUGUUGUUGCCAACCAGCUGACCUCUCUGGCCCCUCUCAGCAACUCCCAACAGAGCCCCCCAGACCCCCUCUGUGACCCUCAGCAGAGCCCCCCUGUCCCCCUCUGUGACCUUCAGCAGAGCCCUCCUGUCCCCCUCUGUGGGUCCCAGCAAAGCCCCCCUGUCUCUCUCUGUGGGUCCCAGCAGAGCCCUUCAGUCCCCCUCUGUGGAUCCCAGCAAAGCCCCCCUGUCCCCCUUUGUGGGUCCCAGCAAAGCCCCCCUGUCCCCCUUUGUGGGUCCCAGCAAAGCCCCCUUGUCUCUCUCUGUGGGUCCCACCAAAGCCCCCCAGUCCCCUUCUGUGGGUCCCAACAAAGCCCCCCUGUCCCCCUUUGUGGGUCCCAGCAAAGCCCCUCAGUCCCCUUCUGUGGGUCCCAACAAAGCCUCCCUGUCCCCCUUUGUGAGUCCCAGCAAAGCCCCCCUGCCUCUCUCUGUGGGUCCCAGCAAAGCCCCCCUGUCCCCCUCUGUGUAUCCAACCAGAGCACCCCUGUUUCUCUCUGUGGGUCCCGGCAGAGUCCUUCAGUCCCCUUCUGUGGAUCCCGGCAGAGCCCCCCAGUCCCCUGCUGUGGGUCCCAGCAGAGCCUUCCACAUGAGCUAAACCCCUCAGUUUCUCUCAAUGCUCAGCCAAACUCACCAAUCCCCCUUCAUCUUCCUCCAGCCUCCCCCCAUCCUCCCCACCUGAGCCCUGUGCUGCCUCUUUGUACCCCUCAGCCAAGUCCCCUGCCCUCGGGGCCAGAUCCCUUCUCCCUCUGUCGGAGCCCUUUCUUUCUCCACUCCAUGUCAGAAACGGGUUGCCCAAGAUGCUGGUCUGGGGCCAUUCUCCCAAGUUCUAGGGGCCCCUCUGAGGCUAAGAGGCGUGACCACAAGCCCAGAAAGGCUCGGGGUCCCAGGCCCGAGCCAAAGCCUGGGCCGCUGCUGAGGGGGGCCCUCAAGCAGGUGGUGGCUGCUCGCCUCUUCUCGGGACCCUCAGAAGACUCCCCCUCCCCCUGUGACAUGCCCCCUCCUCCUGCCGAGGCCUCGCCCUCCAGGGAGCUGCUAGCUCUGGCUUCCGGGUUGCUGGAAGCUGCCGAAGACUCAGAUGGGACAGAAUUUGAAGAGGAUGCCCUGCUGCGGGUGCUCCGGGCCAGGCGUUCAGAGCUUCGGUCAUGCUUGAGGGAGGUUGACAAGCGCUUGUCCAAGGUCAUGGACCCGGAGAACUUGGGCCCCGGCUCCCCCGCAGAGACCUCCAGCAGACGCAGGAUUAAGGAAUAAAUGCUCUAUGAAUUGUG